CACCUCUCAAUUCUCCAUUAAUGGCGUCUUCUCUGCAACUCAAGCUCAUCAUCGUUGCGAUUCUACUCUCAACCUUCUGCUUUCCGGGAGCCACCGCCACCACCGGCGGCGUAUCUUCUUCGCAGAUGCUCGAUCUCGCUUCUGCGCCUACCACAUCGCCUCAUGAUAUUCACGAUUCGUUCGCUCCGACGUCCAUUUUUGAGCCGAUUCUCGCAAACCUAGGGUUUCAAGAACUCGCUAAUGCUGUUCCUUCACUAUCUGAUGAUUCCGCUUUCACUACGUGGAACGGUCCUACUACUCUGUUUGCUCCAACCGAUGCUUCGAUUCAAUCGUGUUCUUCAUGCUCUGUAGUUCGUCUUCUUCGCGAACAUAUUGUUCCAGGUCUGUUCUCUCACGAUUACCUCCGGAAACUCGCGUUCGGUACGAAGAUUGAGACGAUGGAUCCAGGUCGGUGCAUCACGGUGACGUCAUCGAUGGAUGUGAGUAAUAACUACACGAAGAUAUUCAUCGGAGGUGUGGAGAUCACUCGUCCAGAUCUGUUUAACAACGGACUCGUUGUUGUUCACGGCCUUCAAGGUUACGUUGCUCCGCUCUCUCCGUUUUCAUGCAACGUUGAGCGGAUGACGUCACUCUCGUUUCCGAUUGAUAACCGUCAAAGUGCUGCACAACAAUCGGUUCAGUAUCCGACGUAUAUCAUGCGACUGAUGCUGAGAGAUGCGAUGUUGAGGCUACGUAACAGUGGAUUUAGCAUCCUCGCGUUGGCGAUGAAGUUGAAAUCAGUUGAGCUUUUGAAUCUACAGAAUAUGACGGUGUUUGCACUUGAUGACGUGUCGAUCUUCUCCGGUUCGCAUUCGUACGUCAAUAAUGUAAGGUUUCACAUAAUUCCGAACAGGCUGUUAGCGAUAUCUGACCUAGAGAAGAUCUCGUCGGGGACGCUACUUCCUACGCUUGAACCAGGCCAGUCGCUAAUGGUUACAACAACUGCUGGUGGAUUUAAUCCAAUGAGGAUCAAUUACGUAAGGAUUAAGGUGCCUGACGUCAUGCGUAACUUGAAGAUUGUGGUUCACAGCAUUUACUUACCGUUUCCGCACCUUCAUCCGUCUACUGUUUCGUAUGAAGAGACUGGUGCUACUGGAGCGGCUCUGGUGGAUAUGGACCACACGUCUGUGGAUUCAGACUCGUGUACGCAUCAUGCAGGUGGAAGUUGUGCUGUUGAUGGAGCCACUGGUGGCACCACAGCUGAGGUCAAGCCAGUGGUGGUGAAGACUGAGCAUCAAGGUCUGUAGUGGCUCAGUGAUUUCUGUAACUAUGUUAGUCAAUGGUAGUCAACUAAGAGAAAAUCAAUAAUAAUAGUGAUACAUAGCUUAACUGCUUGCAUUAUGUCUUAUGAUGCAUAUUCUAGUUGUAAGUUUGGUUAUAUCAGUCUGUUUUCGUGCAACUUUCGUCUUUCGGUUGUAAUGUGACUUACUAAAACAGAUUUCGAGUUAA